GUUAUAUUUCAAUACAGAAAUUGAAGCCGCGAGAGAAAAAGAAGCAUAUAAUAGUUACAUAGAGGAGUAGGAAUGAGUGUUUCGCCGAAGCAUUCUCGUUCCAGUAGCAAUAAUAACAAAGAGGAGAGGCCUAGGUUCUUUGAUACUAAGACGAAGAACUUGUGUUGGGCCAAAUCUGAUGUCGUCCCUGGACGCCAUCCGGACCGCUGGCGCAAGGACGCUGCCGGUAACAUCGUCUGCAAGCGCUUCUGCAAUUGCCAUGGAUGUCUCUGUUUCGAAUAUGAUCACAUCAUACCCUAUUCUAAAGGUGGAGAAUCUACGAUCGAGAACUGUCAAAUUCUUCAAAGCAGGGUGAACCGAUUUAAAGCAGACAAGGACUGGGUGGAGAAAGCUGAAUUGCAGGGUUUCUCUUGUGAUUUAAAGUUUACUGACAAGGAGCUCGACAUUAUUGAAAUGGCUGUCUAUGGAGAUGUGAUUCGACCAGGUAACCAGUGCCGUUGCAGAACUGUGGCUGAAAUGCUUGGUCAGUUUAAGUCAAAAGACCGAAUGGCUGCUUGCAAACUGCCACAUGAUGACACUUUGUAGCUUCCAAGGCAGAAAUAUUAUGUCAGGUGACUUGAGAAUAAUCUAAACCAGUUUCUUCAUCAACAGUGCUGCCAAAUCUCAUCGUGGCUCCUCGGAGAUUCGAUCUGGUGUUUUGUUGACAAAUCUCAUUGUGGCUCCUCAAGAGACUCUAUCUGGUCUCAUCUUUUGUACAUUAAACUGAAUUUAAAAUUACAGUAUACCUGAUUAAAAUGUCCAUUCUUAAAAUUAAAAUGCUUGGUCUCAGAACCUUGCGUUUGAAGCACCA